AUGAGCGACGACUCCUCUUACAACGAAAAGUAUGACCCCGAAAUGCCGGUGAUACGAUGGCGCCAGCGCAUGGAGUUGGCGACCAUCUGUGUCGCCAACGCUAUCUCACUAUGUGUUAUGGUCACUCGCAUCAUCGUGCAACGGAAGAGGUUCAAGCGCUUCCGCAAGGUCGAAUGGCAAACCGCCGUCGCCACCAUCCUCCUCGUUUUUCCACUAUGGACCUCGCAGAUUAUGACGAACCGCUACGGUAGCGGACUGCAUGUGGAGAAUGUGCCGCCUGAGUGGGCGAUCCCCUUCUGGAAUUGGAGUCUUGGGUGGAUGUCUUACUACAUUGUUGUGUCACUCGUCAAGGUCUCCGUGUGUUACAGUCUUCUCGAGAUUUUACCGCACACUUUCCGGACGUUCCGGCGACUCGUUUACGUCCUCUGCGUUGUCAUUAUGAGCUUGGGACUCGCUGAAGCCCUAGUGUGGACGUUCCAGUGCGAACCUUUCAUGAGCAACUUUGAUUACAGUGUCCAACCCACAUGGUGUGCGAAUAUUGACGCUGCGCGCUUCUCGUGGGCCGGCGUCGGAAUCGGCAUCGACUGCAUCCUCACCUGGAUCCCCAUCGCAAUUUUGCAGCGGACAAGAUUACUGAGGCACGAGCGUAUGGUCUUGCGUGCGGUUUUCGCAGCUACUUUGCUGGGCACUGCAGCAACGGCUGCCGGAUGCUACGGUAUCUGGCUCAACCGCGAGGACCAAGCCCUCAGAGACCUUACGUGGACUGAGACCAUUUAUAUCAUGUUCAACUCCAUUGAGAUCACGCUUUAUACUGUCGGUGGCUCAUUGACAGUGUUCUCACGCUACUUCAUCAGCAGAGCAGCAGCGUACUCCUCGGGCGUCCGCACCAAUCACUCUCAUUCGAACAGUUUUUCGAUAUUCUCCAAGGUCUCGAAUCGGAUGCGCAAACUCUCGGUCCAAACCGUGACAGAGUCCCAACUCAACAAGCCAGAUGAACCAGAGCUGUUCAACAUCAAUGCCACCGCCCCACUGCCGCAUUGGGAUAUGGAUGGCUACGAGCUGCAACAACCGUUGCCCCCGCCGCCGAUGACCGCCAUGGCUACGUUGCAUGACCCGGAGGCCAGCAAGUGGCACAGCUGGGAAACAAGCUAUGGUGUGCCUCCGAGUCGUGAAACGGUUGUCGAAGCGCCAUCAAUCGAGCACAUGGGUGUCCUGCCCGAUGUGGACGACACGCCACCGAGAACGAGAGAACCCAGCACGACAAGGCAUCCACAGCCAGCGCCUCAAAACGACACCGCGUGGUACAUCAGCGAGCAGAGCAGCGAUGAGGAGCAACGACCGGCGUCUCCGCAAUUCUUUGCGGGAAUGCACCGCCCAUCAGGUUCAAGGCACGACAGCCCGCAACAACCACGGUAUCCGAGAUGA